CACACACGCACGCACGCACAAACACACACACACACACACACACACACACACACACACACACACACACACAGCCCCAUCGGAGUGCACAAACAACGUUUCACUUCACACACUAAAGCUGCAGCAGGAUGGCAUGGUUUCUUCUGCUCCUUCUCACUGUGUUGCACAGUGGAGGCAGCAUUCACGUGAACAUGGAGGACCGAGACUGGGACUGGGGCUCUGGCCUCCAUGAGCUGCUGCACAGCUUCCCUGCUCACAGUCCCUUUGUCACAGAGACACCUGAACAUGCAGCAAACUGCACACAACGUUUCUGGCUCCCACCAUCCUCUCCUGUGUGCUGGGAAAACAUAGCAGGGCCAGAGGAGUUCGAGGAGACACGUCUGCUGGUGCUGCAGAACCGAGCGGCGCUCCAUGCUGUGACUGAGGCCAGCGGCCUAGAGGAGGGAGGAGACUCAUAUGAGCAGCAGGCCAUGGUGGAUGUCCAAGGGGUUCGGGAAGAUCACCUCAGUAUUUCUCAGACUGUAGAAUCCAUGCAGAAAGUUUUCUUCAACCUGGAUGCGAAGAGGAAAGAGGGUGAUGAACAUGAUACUUUAAUUGCAAGUUUAAAGGAGCAGAUUACAAACACGGGGAACACCAUAAAUGGCAGGGAAGAAAUGGCAGCUCUUUUGGAGCAGCAUCUCUUUAAUCUCGAGAGGACACUGAAUGCCAUACAACUUCGACUAACCCGACUACUGAACCAGUAAAUGACAUUCUAGCAGAUGACUGACACUCAGCGCAGUGCAUGCUUGUGAGGACGCAGGAUUUUACACCUAAAGCAUGACUCUUUCUUUUGUAUUAGACCUGUUUCACUCUUAGGAGUAAGUGAUAUGAAGAUAACACUUUUAUAACUGCAUUUUAAACUUACUCUUAGGAGAAUCUAAUUGGAUGUUGCUUGAUAGGUGUCUGUAUGAUUUAUAAUUAAACAUAAAAUUCCUUUUUUGUAUGUU